CAAAUCGGAACGGGCAUAUGUAUUAAACACAAUUCUAAAAAAUAGAGAGUUCGAGAUGUGCCUCUGUAAAAUUUGUAAUCGACGGUUUUAUCAUUUAUUUUUUACGGCAUAAUUAAUCGUUCUUUCUGUAAGAUACUUACUUAACUUACCGAUAGUUAUUGUUUGAUUAUAUAUUUUCUUUGGGUUAAACUUAAACAAAAUAGAAAAUGGAGGACAACGUACUUCAUUUGGACAUCUGGCCAGGUGAAUGGGACUUGCCUUCUGUAGAUCCCAACUGCCUAGCAGCAUUGGUGUAGGCCAAGAGUCAAAUUUUAGGGAGAAGUCACUUCUCUCUUGACAGGGAAUUAGGGAGAAGUCAGGACGGAUCAGGGAGAAGUGACAUUUGCCGACUACCGGCUUACUGUAGAUUCUCUGGUGUCCCAGUAAAAAUCAGAAAAUCAUGUAAUCCAUGGAAUUCACCAAAUGGAACAUUUCCAGUCAUGACAUACAAAAAUGUCACAGAGACAAAAGUUGGAAAUAUUUUCACCUACUUGAGAAAACAGAACUGGGGUAUAGACUCUAGCCUCUCCAGGAAAGAGUGUGCUGAUGUGGUGGCAUUCUCAGCCAUGAUAGAUGAGGUGAUUCAACCUGCUGUUUUACAUUUGUUGUGGAUCGACAAUGACCACUACUCCAACAUUACGGGACCAUGGUUCACAAGGCAUGCUGUCCUGCCCUACAAGUUUGUGGUAUCAGGCAGGGCUCACAAGGAGGCUAAAAGGAAGGUGUUUGAGUCCCAAGGCACGGACAAUGUCACUGCAGCGGAUGUUGAAACAAAGAUAUACAAAGAUGCUAAGGACUGUUUAUCCAAUAUAUCACAGAAGCUGGGAGAUAAAAACUAUUUCUUUGGAGAUCAACCUUGUUCCCUGGAUGCCUUGGUGUUCAGUUACGUAGCUCCACUGUUGAAGGCCCCGCUGAAUAGUAACCAACUGACCAACCAUCUCCGCAUCCAUUGUGAAAACCUAUGCUUUCAUACCCGGAGAAUUCUGCGAGAGUUCUUUCCCCUUACUGCUGAAGAAAUGGCAGAAAAACAAAAAGAAGAAGAGAGGAAGAAAGCGGCUGACUCGGAAAGCAAGGAGGGGAAGAUACGGAACCGUGACAUGCUGAUUGCCGGUGCAUUUGCACUCACGGCAAUGACUCUGUACGCGUUUUCUAGCGGAUUGGUCAAUGUUAAGAUAUUUGAUGCAGUAGAUGUGGAAGAUAAUUUAUUGGAUGCUUAAUGUGUGACUGAUGACAGUGGUGACUCUAGUGUAGCUAUAAUACAGUAUUUGAUAGAAAUAUCUAGAAACACAUACAUGAAGCUGUAGGAGGGUUAAUGAAAAGAUGGUUGAUGAAAAAGUUAUUAGAAUUUUAUAGAUAACAGACAACAGAAUAUACAAAGUAUGACGACUGAUAUUCAAUGAAAUUGUUGCACUAAAUUUGUUAUGAAAUGAAAUGUUUUUUUGCCCAGUUUUUUUGUGAGUUAAUAAUAAAAUACUGUUGCUUAGAUGAAACAUUAGUUGCUGGUACAUAUCUUGGACUGCUUCACGCUGUUUUUAUAAUGACUGGUAUUAAUGUAUUAUUGUAAGUCUAUGUAGUGAUCUUGUAGUACCUAUUAUUUAGGUAGAAGUGUCUCAUAGGCUGCAAUACAUUGAGUGGGAAGUUUUGAAGAGCUAUAAUGUCAAAUAAAAACAGUAGGAUAUCAAAUAAACAAUUAUUUCAACUGUUUGAUUAUCCCUCGUCCAUGUAUAGAGCAGUUCAUGGUUUUGUAAUAGGUGUUUUUCUGAGAAGCAGGAAGCUUUAUUUCUGAUAGAAGAACUGUAUUGACACAUGCUCUUAUGUUGACAUACGGUAAUAUUGACACCAAAAUCACAACACUUUCCCACAGUGAUAGCAAUUCUAUGUUUCAUAAAUGUGAUGAAAGUAUAUUGAAAGAACAAUCAAUUUCAUAAAGGUAUGAAAUAUUAUAAGUAGCAGUCCAUUUUUGUGUGUGUUUAUUUAUGGGUUUAUAUUUUUCCAAAUGUAAGUUAAAAAAUGUUAAUAUAGAUACAUUUUGUGUGAUGAUAACAAUUUAAAACAUUUAUUUUGAAGAAAUAAUAAUUUGCAGUUUCUUCUUUUAUGAUGAGUAUUAGUAUUUUUGCUCUAACAUAUAUUAUUAACUGUUAAAUGUUUCUGUUAAACAGUGUAUUUAUGUAAGUUUUGUCUUUUUGUUAACACAUUUUUAUGUUAUCAGGAUUGAUGCAAGAUAUGAGUACUUACAUUUGUGCUUAUAUGGCUUCUGGUGAAAUUUUGAAUUGAAAUAAUAAUGACAACUUACUUGAAUGAGACAGCUUUAAGCACCCUGUAAUUAAUAACAUGUGUUGGUCAAAGUUCGAGGAAACAUUUAAGAGGUCAACUUUGACUAGUUUAAGUUCAGGCUACAUCAGUUAUAGCCCAAAACAAGCUAUAUAAGAACUUCACCUUAGUUAGUACCAAUGUUUGCCUUAAUGAGAUAGCAUACGAUAACAAUAACAAUCGCACGAACCUUUGUCAAAUGUCAAUGUAAGAUGUACAUGUUAAAAGUCGCAAUCAAUUUUUGAUUGUCAGAAUUCAGAUUGUCAGAAUUAACAGUUAGGAUGAUGCUUUUCUGGAUUCAACUGCUUGUCUCUUGGCUGCUAAGGCCAAAGCCACAAGAAUACAAUUAUAACGCAAAGCGGCCUGGUUUAGACCUUUAUUAGUUCCCUACGGGUGGUAGGUUUGUUUGCGCUCUGUGUGUCUGUCAGUCUGUCUAUCACACUUUUCUGGAUCCUGCGAUAACUUUAAAAGUUCUUCAUAUUUUUUCAUGAAACUUGAAACAUGGACUGAUGGCAAUAUGGAGGCUAUGCAAGUCAUUUCAUUUUGUUCCUACGUCAAGAAUGCUCGUUGCUAUGGCAACAAAUAGACUAGAUAUAUUGCUGAAAAUGGUGGAGUUUCACCGGUAGGGGACUUUUAUUGCUUGCAAUAGUCUUGUUUUGUUAAUGUAUUUCAGUUGUGUGAAGUAUUCUUAGUUUAGAACCAAUUCUAUGCAAUGUAAUCUUGUAAGAUGCUCGUAUAUACAUAAUGUGGUUUGUUAACAACUUGCGCAUUGUUCCUGCAUUAUCGCCGUAGGAUCAACGAUUACAGAAAGUA